AUAAACCUCAAGUUGGUUAGAGAUCAAGUAACUGAGGAAGAAAUAGAGAAAGUGCAGGGAGACUGCACGCAAAUGUAGACAAGCUGAGCAGGGUAGAAUAAAAACGAAAAGAAAAGUGUUUCACGAAGAAAUCUUACACGAUUCUUUCGUUACCAAUAUAAUCUCUAAGUCGAGAUAAAAAAAAAAAAGGGAAAAAAAAAAGAGAGAGGGAAACAUAUCUCAGUUUUGUUGUAAAGAUGGCAGUGGGAGGAAUCGUCGCUCAGGGAGGUUCCGCGAAUUAUGAAGGUCGUAUCACGUGCUUUGUGGUGAUAACAUGUUUGGUUGCGGCCACUGGUGGUCUCAUCUUUGGCUAUGAUAUUGGUAUCUCAGGAGGUGUAACAUCAAUGGAUGAGUUCUUGCAGAAGUUCUUCCCUACUGUAUAUGAAAAGGAGAAGAACCUGAGGCAUGAGAACCAGUACUGCAAAUUCGAUAGCCACUUGCUUCAACUGUUCACAUCUUCCCUAUACCUCGCGGCCUUGGUGGCGUCCUUUUUUGCUUCCGCAACAACGAGGGUCUUUGGAAGAAAGGUGUCCAUGGUUUCUGGAGGUUGUGUCUUCCUUUGCGGUGCUGUCCUCAAUGGUGCUGCCCAAAACGUCGCAAUGCUUAUCAUCGGUCGUUUGUUACUUGGUGUCGGCAUUGGCUAUGCCAAUCAGUCUGUACCAGUCUAUUUGUCUGAAAUGGCACCAGCAAAAAUCCGGGGAGCACUCAACAUUGGUUUCCAAAUGGCGAUUUGUAUUGGUAUUGUAGCUGCAAACAUGGUGAACUACGGCACAGCCCAAAUGAAGGGCGGAAAUGGGUGGAGGGUAUCCCUAGGUCUAGCCGCGGUUCCAGCAGUUAUAAUGACCGUGGGCGCCAUUUUCCUACCUGACACGCCCAAUUCGCUCAUCGAAAGGGGCCAAUCAGAGAAGGCAAAGGAAAUGUUGCAAAAAAUCCGAGGAGUGGACGAUGUGAGUGCGGAAUUCCAAGACCUCAUUGAUGCAAGCGAGACAUCGAAGCAAGUGGAGCACCCGUGGAGGAACAUUUUGCAGAGGAGAUACAGGCCUCAGCUCGUGAUCGUCGUCCUCAUACCAUUCUUCCAGCAACUCACCGGCAUCAAUGUCAUCAUGUUCUACGCCCCUGUCCUUUUCAAGACGCUCGGAUUCGGAGACAAUGCCGCUCUUAUGAGCGCCGUCAUCAGUGGAUUCGUUAAUGUUGCCGCUACGUUGGUGUCAGUCUUCACUGUUGAUAAGUUUGGAAGAAGGAAGUUGUUCCUACAGGGUGGCGCUCAAAUGCUUGUUUGCCAGAUUGCUGUGGGAGCCCUAAUUGCGAGCGUGUUUGGGGUUUCUGGCGAAGGAUCCUUCUCCAAGGGCAUGGGAAAUGCUGCCUUAAUCCUCAUAUGCUUAUACGUAGCAGCCUUUGCGUGGUCGUGGGGUCCAUUAGGGUGGCUAGUACCCAGUGAGAUCUUUCCCUUGGAGAUCAGAUCGGCUGGGCAAUCCAUCAACGUCUCGGUCAACAUGCUCUUCACCUUCUUCAUCGGCCAACUCUUCCUCACGUUGCUCUGCCACAUGAAAUUCGGUCUCUUUUUCUUCUUCGGUGGGUUCGUCCUCAUAAUGACUCUCUUCAUCUUCUUCUUCUUGCCCGAAACGAAGAAUGUUCCUAUUGAGGAGAUCAACAGAGUGUUCAAGGCACAUUGGUUCUGGGGGAAAUACAUCCCAGAUGAUGCUGUAAUUGGUAACCACCUUGUCCCACCCAAGGGUGCCUAAAGAACCAUUUGUGAUGAACAAAAACCUUGAAUUUUUCUGUUCAUCAAAAACAGUUUAAAGAAGAAGAAAGUGAGAAAGAGAAGGGUGUGAAUUCCAAGAUAUUGUACGUCAAUAUAUACGGGGAUAAUAUAAUCCAACAAUACUAGUUCAUGGACGGACAUCAACGUUUUGUAAAAGUUUGUUUUUGUUUUGCUAAAUAAAUAAAUA